CCUGGGCCCUCCGGCCGGAGCGCCCGCCCUCCGUGCUCGCCCCAGUGGGUGUGGCUCGGCCUCUCCCGCGCCCCGCCGCGACACUUCGGUCCCCUCCCCCCGCACGCGCCCCACCGCGGCAUUUCAGCCUCCCGUCGCGGCCUCCAGCUCCCCACCCCCACCCGCGCCCCCGCCCUCAGACCCAGGGCCCCUGAGCUACUCCUAAUGUCCGAGGCCGCAGGAAAUCUAAACAGCCUGCGCAUGGCGAACGUGGCCCUGCGAGAAGAAUUAAAUGCCCUUCGCGGGGAGAAUGCCAAUUUGGGCCUUCAGCUCGGCAGAGCCCUAGCCGAGGUUAAUUCCUUGCGGGGCAAUGUGUCGAGCUACAUCCGCUGGCCAGUGCCGGUGGUGCCCGUCCUUGCCGAGGAGAACUUUGACUUCCCGCUCAGCGAGAUCGACGCAGUUCCCGAGGGGGAUCUGCCUUUCCUGUGCUGGCCUCCCCCUCGCGCAGAGCCCGAGUACGCCUCGGACGAGCUGUUGAUUAGCGUGAUCCAAGAUUGCGGUACCUCCGACGCGCCCGUCGACCCUCCCCCGCGGGCCAUUCCGCCCCCGCCGGCGCUGCCCCCGCCCCCAGCCAAGGAGCAGCCCGCGCAGCCUCCUCUGCUGCCGCUGGUGCGGCCGGAGUUAGAGCCCUUCUCGGGAGACCCGGUCUACCUGGCCGAGUUCCUGAUGAAGCUAGAGACCUUCAUAGCAGACCACGAGGAUCAUUUCCCCGGGGGCACUGAGCGGGUGGCCUUUCUGAUCACCUUUUUCGCUGGCCAAGCCAAGAACUGGGCCAUCUCUGUCACCCGGGAGGGAAGCCCCCUGCGUGCCAACUUCCCACGCUUCCUGGAUGAGAUCCGCAAGGAAUUCUGCGGCCCCAUCCCCCCGAGCGUGGCUAAAAAGGCCAUCCGCAAGCUUAAGCAGGGGCACUGUACCCUAGGCAGCUAUGCAGAUGCUUUUCAGUUCCUGGCCCAGUUCUUGUCUUGGGAUGACCGCCGCCUUCAAAACCAAUUCCUUAAAGGCCUGUCGGAAUUCUUCCGCAAGGAGCUCUUAUGGUCAACUGAAAUGGCCGACCUGGACGAGCUGAUUCUCGAAUGCGUGGAAAUAGAAAGAAAAGUGCGCGUGCCCAAGCCAAUCCCACUCCCCGGGGUCCGCAACAUCUUCUUCCCUUUCGCUGCGGACCCCAACGCAGACACCGAUGAUGAAGAUUUCCACAGUGACGAAGAUGAAGAGACACGCAAGCGCAGGCUUUACGACAGGGAGCAGCGGAGGCGCGUGAGAGCUGUUCAGGAGGAGACAAGGGAGGAGGAGGAGAGGAGGAAGAAGCAGGAAGAGAUGCGGAAGAAGCAGAUGGAGGAGAUGAGGAAGAAACUGGAAGAGAAGGAAGAGGAGGAGGACGACGAGGACGAGGAGGUGGACGUGGACGAGGAGGUGGACGUGGAGACAGUCAAGGAUGAAGAGAAUAAGGGCGAUUUUGUGUGCCCGGUCCCGCAGCCAGACCCUGACGCCGACCAGGAUGGGGACCAGGAGCCGGAACCGGAGUCCGAGGAUGAGACCCAAGACGAUGACCUGGAUGAGAUGAUGGAGAUGGAGCCGACUGUCGCCCACGCUUCAUCUCAGACCACUGGCUACUACCAUGAGAAUUUCCUAGACGCAUCGCCUCCCAUCAUUCAGCCCAGCCGGAGGAGGAACCAGAAUCGCGUCCCGCUUCUGGAGGGCCUUCCGGGCACUAAUUCGCCGUUCUACAGCUCGCCCCCACUGAUUCGCCGCGCAGGUCGCCUGGGGCAACGCCAAAUUCGAAGACGCCCGCCCGUGCUGUUCCGCCUCACUCCGCGACAGGGGGGCCACCGGGCCGCACGUGGCCGAAUUCGCGUGUGAGCGCUGGGGCGAGCUCGCCGCGCAGAACACACCCUUCGACAGCGUCCCCUGCCCCUGCUAUCGCUGCCACACCUGCCCUAUUUGCUGACCAGUACUUGAGGGAGUUCCAGACCUACAGAGCCCGCAGAAGACCUGCAGAACUCCAGAUCGUCUUGCAGCCAUGACCAGAGAGGGACCCGUGUCCAAGCAAGGCCACCUGAGAAAGAAGGAGUCAGCAAUAGCUGUCCUCUUGGAGCACACUCUGCUCAGUCUUGCAACAAGCUAGAGAGCAGGGUUCUGGGCCUGUUCCCAUAAAAGAACUGGUCACCUUCUUGUAAUCCCCCUCUAGUUGUUCCUAACCCUCACUUCUCCUGCGUUUAUUCACCCUGUGUUCUACGGUUUUAUCCUUGGACUGGCUCACCAGGACUUCACCCAAUGCCUCACUGAACUGCCCCCAUGAGCUAAAGGACAGGCCAUACCGAACUCCUAAAGCCACUGAGGCCACUUAGAUAUAAUUGAAGGAGAGCAGGAUGGUAUCAAGAGAUGUAUGAAAAGCCGACGCUGGCUUCAAGUCCCCCGUCCAGCAGAAGGGCCCUGAAGAGAACCCUACAUCCAGCCCAGUGAGCGUGCACAAAGCCACAUGUCAAAUGGACAACAUGGCCGAGAUCUGCUCUUGACUGACCCAGCAAGCUGGUUCCUCCUCCCUACAGACUCCUGUAUCAGGGCCCUUGGACCCGCUCACCAAGUCUGGGACCCUCUCCUCUUACCACACUGCCUUCCCAGGCAUCCCCAGGAGACAGAGCCCAAGGUUACAGGCUCUAACCCUUCUCUCCAUGUUGCCCAAAGGGUGGAGGAGGGGUGGGGGAGGAGGGGGGAGAGGAGGAAGGGAGGAGGAGGAUGAAGCAGCAGCAACAACUCAGCUUGACAUUGUAAGGAGUGACUCUUUCCUUAGGGACGGUGGUCUCCUUCCCCGGCCAGGCCUUGGACUGCAGCCCCCAGCCAAAGGUCUUUGCAGGAGACUCGCCAUCCUUGAGGUACCAGAGGAGGCCCAACUGGCCUUUCUUUCCUGGACUGCCAAAGAGAGAGAGGGCCUGAGGCCUGCUCUUUAACUUCGACUUUAAGGAUUCCUUGGUUCUGAGAGGAGAGAGGAAGGUUCUGUCUCCAGCCUUGCAGCUGGGACGUCCUCCUGUUUCUCACAUGGGGGCCAAGCCAUGGCCGGGUGCCGGGCUUCGAGUAGACAAUGAGGCUUAAGAGGGUGACUGCCUCCUAGUAACUCCUGGGACUUCUGGGUACAAACCCAGCCCCCCUCCCAAGAAUCCUGCUGCUUCUCUUGGGUCCAGAAAACACUGCUUCAGCAGUGAAAAAUAUAUACUAUGUCACUCUGGGCCCAGAAUGCCAGCCAGAUCCACUGCUGGCCUGAACUGCCCUUAGCACUGAGCUUCGUGCACAGUGCCUGGCAGCUGGGCAAGUGCAGCCACAGUGUCUGUGGCCGGAGGGAAGAAAACAGAGUAAAUUAUGCCUCUGUUCCUCACUGGAGUCUGACAUAGAACCUCAGCCCAGCCUUAAGAGUUUGAGCCUGGAGACAAGCGGAAGGAGCUGGAGGAAGAGGAGUCACAGAGAAACCCAGUCCUCUGGCUGGUUUCUGGUGAGGUCUCUAUUCGUCAGUAGGAGCUAUUUCCUCAGGAGAGAGUUCCAGAACGGGAACGGCUAUCCUUCAAGGCUGUGGAUCCUGUUUGCUGACGGUCAAUGCGCUGGGCCUGCUGCCUGCAUCCCUGCUGGAGAAGUGCAAAGGACAGGUGCCUUGCACCCCUACCUCCAGGGACCCUUCGGCAUAGGCCCUGCUGUUCCCGUGGUGCCUCUCACCCUGAGCCCUUGUAGACUCAGCCAGGGAAAGAGCGGAUGAGCAGUGAGCUGGUUUCUGGCCCUUUGGUGGCAGGGGGGCUUGGGCUUCCCUUUGACCCUCUUCCCCCACCUUUCCUAGAUCUUUAAUAUUUGUUGUGACGUAACAGCCACAAGAGCUGUAAGAGGAACUAUGGGCUUUGGGUGCUUUCUUGGGUUGAAAGAAGGGGGGGUGGGGGGUGGGGGGUGGGGGGGGAAUGCAUGCAGGGGUACAAAGGCAGCCCAAGGAUUCCCAGAGACUCGGGAGGAAACCCAUUUGAAACAAAUGUGUUAUCGUUAUUGUGUUAUUGUUGCAUUACUGUGUUGUGAAGAUAAGAAAUUGUUCUGUAUGCUAAAGCUUUCUCCUCAAUAAAAAUAUAAAGGGUGUGUAAAGAC